UGCUACUAUAGCGCCACCCUUAUUUAUCACAUUUUAACGGACACCUCUUCACACACAGAAACGGUUCUCCUUACCUCUACCCUACAUACUUUCGUUGUAGGAAAUCAAGGUUUCGAUGAUGAAAUGUCUGUCAGUGUCAACGAUUUGACUUGAUUAUUUUACAAUGAGUUUGUUGAGAGUGUCUUCUGGCGAUCGUAACGGAGAAAAUCUAAAAUGUGGACUGAGAGAAGUAAUCGUUGAAGAACAUACUGACAGUGAAGAUUCUUCAGAAGGAAGAUCGAUACAUAUGGACGUCGUCAUACCGACUAUUGGAACAAUAUCGCAAUGCGCAAGCGACCCAAACUACCAACUAGCUAUCCAAACCGAAGGCAUGAUCAAAGAUAUAGUCAGGCAUCUUUCAGCAGAGGAAUUUCCAGCUUUGAGGAGGUAUUGCGCCGAAACAAUCUUCAAAUGCAGUGAAAAUGCAUCUACCAGGGAUAUGGUAAGACAGUCUGGCGGUUUGGAUCCUCUAGUAAACAUGGCUCGAGACCCAAAAACGAAAGAGGAUAAAUCACUAUUGGCUGCAGUCACUGGUGCCAUCUGGAAAACUGCAAUCAGUCCAGAAAAUGUGGAGAGAUUUGACCAGUUGAAAACGGUGGAGGUGUUGGUGAAACUGCUAGAAAAUGUAGAAGAAGAUGAAAGGGUCCUGAGUAACGUAGUUGGUGCUCUUUGCGAAUGCCUCAAGUUCGAACAUAACCGAAGCACUUUGAGAAGGGCGGAUGGAAUUCCUCAUUUGGUGAACCUACUCAAUUACACCUAUCCACCUCUGCUUGAGAACGUACCGAUGGUUCUGAGGGAAUGUGCCGAAGAUGAAGAUUCUAUGAGAGUCAUUGAAGAGUUAGAUGGGGUUCGGCUCAUUUGGUCUUUACUCAAGAACGAUUCGACUAAGGUACAGGCAAAUGCAGCCUGGUCCCUGGUACCAUGCAUCCGAUACGCAACCGAUUCGGGAGAAAUGGUCAGAUGUUUCGUGGGCGGUUUAGAGCUCAUCGUCAAUCUCCUCAAAUCCUCUGACACGCAUGUACUAGCAAGAGUGUGUGCCGCUAUCGCCGAAGUGGCUAAAGACAUAGAAAAUCUGGCUGUGAUCACAGAUCACGGAGUCGUAGGAAUGCUAGUGGAUCUGGUAAACACAGAAGACGUGCAGUUAAGGCAGCACUUGGCUUCAGCUAUUGCGUAUUGUUGUGCUUGGGGGUCUAACUGCAAAAUGUUUGGCAGGUUGGGAGCUAUCACACCGUUGGUGCAGUAUAUGGCAGACGGAGAUCCGGAUGUACACAGAACGACAGCCCUAGCACUGUUCCAUCUCUCUAAGAAUCCAUUUAAUUGCAUAACAAUGCACGAGAGCGGAGUCGUCCCCUUUCUUCUGAAAGCAGUUUCUUCUACGGAUUGGAAGUUACAAGAAGCGGCUGCUGGUUGUCUAGCCAACAUCAGGAAGUUGGCGCUGGAAGCGGAGACUGUUCACUUGAUAAGACAUAAAGACUCUAGCGAUGAAGAAGACGCAGAUAUCUGACUACUUUAUCUAUUUUUACCUAGAUUAUUAGCAUUAUAUUUUUAACCAGU